CGGCAGUAGGCGCACCAGUUGUGAUGAGCCGUCUUUCCGGCAAAGAACAUCUCAGUGUGUUUGUGCAUUCGGCCUAUUUCCUAGGCUGUAUUUUGGUUCACUGAAACGAUACCAAUUCCACUUUCUGAGAAUUAACACUCCCCUAUUUCGGCAAGAUGUCGAUCAUUAUAGAUGAGGAGGAGUUCAAGGAGAAACUCAUCAGAAACAUGAAGAAAGAGGUUAAACAGAUCAUGGAAGAAGCAGUGACGCGGAAAUUCGUCCAUGAAGAGAGCAGCAGCAUCACCUCCCUGUGCGCUGCCGUGGAAGCUUGUCUGUCCCACGGGCUGAAGCGCCGGACACUGGGUUUAUUCAAGACUUCCUCCACAACAGCGCUCAUCCACAAACUCGGCAAAUCCUUCGAGCCUGCAGCCAACGUCUCCAAAAUGGUCCAGGACCUCGAGGCCACUGACUUGGGAAGACGCAGCAGUGGCAGCGGAGACUCGGCCUCACGCCUCGGCAAACCGCCUUUGGUCAAGAAGAACUCUGGCUCCAUGUGCGGGGGGUCAGGGGGCGGCGGAACAUGCCCCAAAUACCUCUGGAUUCGGGUGGCUCUCUUCGAGAAGGUGCUGGCCAAAAUCAUCGACUACCUCGUACAGAAUAGCAACAAAUAUUACGAAAAAGAUUCCUUGGUUGCUGAUCCCGACUACGGAACCAUCUUAAGUUCACUCUUAGUGGGACCAUGCGCCCUCGACUACAGCAGGAUGAAGACAGUUGACCACCUGUGGACCGACCCUCCUGCAGACGAGCUCGUCCAGAGACACAGAAUCUCCUCGGGUCACUUCUCAGGUCCCGCCACACCCCCGGCCCAUCGUCGGCCCGGACUGCACGAUGCAACUCAAGGAGGGAAGUCCAAAUUCCGAAAGCCGGUGAGCGGAAGCAGCGAAGAGCUGGUGGGUUCACAGCGUUGUAUUCCCGCCAACGCGCGAGACUACGUGGAGAGCCUGCACCAGAACAACAAAGCCACACUCCUCUACGGCAAAAAUAACGUGCAAGUCCAGCCGAAGGAGCAAAUGGAGGCAAUGCCUGGCUACAUGUCUUUACACCAAACAACGGAGGGGCUCGUCAUCAAGUGGACACCUAAUCACCUAAUGAACGGGUGUUGUCCCGACACAACAGAGGACAAAAGACCUUUCUAUAUGGAUUUAUGCUUUCAAAAAAGCGUGUACUGGGAGUACGCCCUAAACGUGAGAGUGGAGGAAAUUGUCUACGUCCAUUGCCACCAGCAGGGUGAUUCUGGAGGCACUAUAGUAUUGGUCGGACAAGAUGGCACCCAACACCCGCCCAUCCAUUUCCCCCGUGGAGGUCAUCUCUUGGCAUUCCUGUCAUGCCUUGAGAAUGGUCUUCUUCCCCACGGCCAUUUGGACCCGCCGUUAUGGUCGCAGAGAGGGAAAGGUAAAGUUUUCCCAAAACUACGGAGGAGAGCUCGAGCAUUAGCCAACAGACAUCAACAGGGGUCAGAUAAUAUGGAUGAAGACGAAGCCACAGAUUAUGUCUUCAGGAUCAUCACGGCCCUCAAACCUGAUCGCUUCUCUCAUCUGGACCUGAUGUCACCCUUGUUGCGAAGUGGCUCUGGUUGGCUUAACAGAGUGCCUAAGCUCUCCUCCCACUCAUCCUCCACCUCCUCUUCGAAAUCCUUGAGUCUGGGAGAUUCUAUGAGCGAAGUGCUGCCUCCUCCACCCACGCCCAAUCCAAGCAUAGAUAUCCCUCACCAGUCAGUGGACCAGCUCAGUGAUGCUGGAUCAGGAGUGAGCUCCCAAGAGAAAAACAGCGACUCCUUGGAACUUCUGUGUGCCACAAUGAAGCAUCAAAUCAUAUCCAGGGCAUUUUAUGGUUGGCUGGCUCACUGUCGUCACCUCAGAACCGUCCGGACCCAUUUAGCUGGCUUAGUCCUGCCUUCGGCCUCCACUCCUCCUCACACGCCGGCGUGGGAGGAAGGGGUGACAGAAGAGGUGUGGGAAGCCCUGCACACCGACAGUCGCCUCUCGAAGCAGGAGGAGCUGCUGGCUAGAGUCUACCUGGGAGGUGUUGCGCCUCAGAUUAGAAAGGAGGUGUGGCCAUAUUUACUGGGUCAUUACAACUUUGGCUUCUCAGCUGAAGAAAGGGAAGAGCACGACAAAAAGGUUCGACAGACUUAUGAAACGACGAUGUCGGAAUGGCUGGCGGUGGAGGCCAUCGUGCGGCAGCGAGACAAAGAAAUCAUGGCCCUGAACAUGGCGAAGCUUUCCUCAGAGUCGCAAAAUGGCGAAAUUCCAUUGGUUGGGCGCGACAGAUCACUGAGCAACGAGAUGGAUAACUCGACCUCCUUGUCACAGGUCUUCGAACCAGACACCCUAAGCAUCGGAUCCAUUGACAAUCCAGGAACCGUCCAGGAAGAGGACGAAGAACCAGACUUGGACGAAUUGGACCACGUCGAAAAUAAUGCCGCCGAUAAUAAUUACAUAUCAAACCAUUUAGAAGAAGAGCAAAAUGACGAGCUGAACGGAAGAGAGACCAGCCUGAAGGAGUCCACCAGACAGGAGAGCAAGGAAGGCGACUCGGCCGAGGUUGCCAGCCCUACUUGUGUAGUGACGCCAGAUGAAGGAGUUGAAGAAGGGAAUGACGAGGAUGCUGACCUCGAAGAUGCUGCCAAUGGAGAGACAGCCUCCUGUGUUAGUGCCUCGUUCACCGUGGAGACUUGUAACCCUUCCACCACAACCCCAGUUAUAGUUAGCAAAACCUCACUAGACAGUGGCAGCCACUCUGACGUAGUGAACGGUACCGAGGAUGAACUCGCCGCAGACGAUGAAGUCAAAGGCAUAACAAACAACAGCAGUAGCCAAGAAGUCAAGGAGAACGGGGAGGCGGAAAAUGGCAUCAACCAUGACGAUAAAAACAUGGAUACACUCGCAGUGGAGGAGAAUCAAGAUGGUCACAGUCUGGAAUCUCGGUCCUCCUGUAUCUCUCCAGCAUCAUCUCAAGGCGGCGUUUACUCGAUGGAAUUACUUGAGACCUUUGGGCUUAAUCUCCACCGGAUUGACAAGGAUGUCCAGAGAUGCGAUCGCAACUACUGGUACUUCACACAAGACAAUCUUGAAAAACUACGAAAUGUGAUGUGCACAUAUGUUUGGGAACAUUUGGACACUGGCUAUAUGCAAGGAAUGUGUGAUUUAGUAGCCCCUCUGUUAGUUAUAUUUGAUGAUGAAGCAGCAACAUAUUCUUGUUUUUGUCAUCUAAUGGGGCGAAUGUCUCAUAAUUUUCCUAAUGGUGGAGCAAUGGACCAACAUUUUGCAAAUAUGAGGUCCCUAAUUCAGAUACUGGAUUCCGAAAUGUUUGAACUGAUGCAUCAGAAUGGAGAUUAUACACACUUCUACUUUUGCUAUCGUUGGUUCCUUCUGGACUUCAAAAGAGAGUUGGUGUACGAUGACGUGUUCAUGGUUUGGGAAGCCAUAUGGGCUGCUAGACAUGUAUCAUCGGCAAAUUUUGUCCUCUUCAUUGCUCUUGCCUUAGUAGAAUAUUACCGCGAUAUUAUUUUGGACAAUAACAUGGAUUUCACGGAUAUCAUCAAGUUCUUCAAUGAAAUGGCAGAAAGACACGAUGCUAAAACAGUUCUUCAGACGGCAAGACAUUUAGUGACUCAACUCCAGACUUUAAUUGAGAACAAGUAAAUAUUCCUGGAUUCUAGUGCCAAAAUAGACAAUGCUUCACUUUACA